AUGACAUGUGCUGCAUAUGGGAAGCGAGUGGACCUUCGAGGAGCCCUCAGGAAUCUGGACAUCGAGGCAUUCAGCCCACCUCUAGGCCUACCCCUCGGCCCACCUCUCUGCCCACCCUCGGCCCACCCCUCGGCCCACCCGUCAGCCCACCCCUCAGCCCACCUCUCGGCCCACCCUCAGCCCACCUCUCGGCCCUCCCCUCGGCCCACCUCUCUGCCCACCCCUCGGCCCACCCCUCGGCCCACCCCUCGGCCCACCCGUCAGCCCACCCCUCAGCCCACCUCUCGGCCCACCCCUCAGCCCACCUCUCGGCCCUCCCCUCGGCCCACCCUCGGCCCUCCCCUCGGCCCACCCCUCGGCCCACCUGAGGCCCACCUCUCUGCCCACCCCUCGGCCCACCCGUCGGCCCACCUGAGGCCCACCUCUAUGCCCACCAGUCGGCCCACCCCUCGGCCCACCGUCGGCCCACCCCUCGGCCCACCCCUCGGCCCACACCUCGGCCCACACCUCGGCCCACCCCUCGGCCCACCCCUCGGCCCACCCCUCGGCCCACACCUCGGCCCACCCGUCGGCCCACCCCUCGGCCCACCCCUCGGCCCACCCCUCGGCCCACCCCUCGGCCCACCCGUCGGCCCACCCUCGGCCCACACCUCGGCCCACACCUCGGCCCACCUCACUACAAAACACCGGGAACAUUGCCCGGCUCUCAAGCGAAAAAUUCGGCUUGUUAGCAACCUGGCUGUUAUGACUAUGAAUCGUCUUAACUUCCCUGGAAUUUUGUCAUUGGUGUUCUGUGACGGCGACCCAGACAAUGUUGCUCAACUUUAUCAACAACAUUCCAGCAGAUUCAUUCGUCAUACUGCAUCAGAGGUAUCCGCCAUCCCAGAAAAGGUAUAUCCACCAUACAUGGAUGGGUAUAUCCGCCAUACAUGGAUGAGUAUAUCCAUCUUCCGGGCGUGA